GUGAAGAGGAGUAAUUUCCGGGCGACUUCAGGUCUGGCAAGCUUGUCUACGCUGAGUAACUUGACUGGCCGAAUUCCUUCUUUGAAUUGUUAAUAACGUACUAGGGUAAACAGAACCAGAAAGGAGUCUCGUGUUGGACUAAAUUAAGACCAACGUCUUGUAUACAAAAUGGCAGACCAGCUAACCGAGGAGCAGAUUGCAGAGUUCAAAGAGGCGUUCUCCCUGUUUGAUAAGGACGGCGACGGCACCAUCACCACCAAAGAGCUGGGCACGGUCAUGCGCUCGCUGGGACAGAACCCCACUGAGGCCGAGCUGCAGGACAUGAUCAACGAGGUGGAUGCCGACGGAAAUGGCACCAUCGAUUUCCCAGAAUUUCUCACUAUGAUGGCGCGAAAGAUGAAGGACACAGACAGUGAGGAGGAGAUCCGGGAAGCCUUCCGAGUGUUCGACAAGGACGGUAAUGGUUACAUCAGUGCUGCGGAGCUGCGCCAUGUCAUGACCAACCUGGGAGAGAAGCUCACAGACGAGGAAGUAGAUGAGAUGAUUCGCGAGGCCGACAUUGACGGAGAUGGACAGGUCAACUAUGAAGAGUUUGUGCAGAUGAUGACUGCAAAGUGAAGCAGGUGUCCCCUCCACAUCCCUCGCAUAACAUGACUGACUAAGAUCACUCUUGUCUUAAAAAUAAUAAUAAUAAUAAUAAUAAAAAGUAAUAACCGUGAAGAAAAAAACCAACAUCCAUAACAAUCCAACCAAAAUCGUAAACUCACAAACUAUUGAGUGUUAAAAUUCAAUAACUGGUCUGGUCUGGUCUGGUCAAAACCUCCUGGCCCCUUCAGCCUCUGCGCAAAGGAGUACGGAGGCCUUCUCAAGCAUGUGAUCCUUCUUCUUUAUGAGAGUCUUACAGAGAUCCUCACCGUAAAGUAUUCAGCUGAUUAGCUUCUGAAAGGAUGGUUUGAUCGGCUUUGAGGGCGCUAGCUUAUUCCUUCCUGUCUAGCUGAAAAAAAAAGCUCUCCUAUUGGCUACCGUUGUCCCUGUAAAAAGUAAUUCCAAAUUCCAGUUGACGUAAACAGAAUUUGAUUGGACCAUUAGAGUUUGGUCGCCUGAACUCAGGCAAAAGCUUUGGAUUGUCUGUGGCCCCCAUCCAGUUGCAGUUGAAAAGCUUGUUACCACCAUGGAGAUCUGGGCCGUGUACAAAGCUAGAUGUGUGUAAUAUAUGAAUAUAAAUCUACAUAUAUUUGAGAAGAAAAAAACAAAUGACAACAACCAAAAGAAAAUAACAAAAAAAAAAACCAUCAACCAAAAAAAAGUUAGUGUCCACCUAAGAAAGUUGACUUGCACGUAGUGAAAGCCAACUACAUUACGUUGUUGACGUAGAACUGCAGAUGAAUUCCGGCCGUCCAGUGGUAUUGGUCAGUGCCACUGGGGCUUCCUGCCGUGUGUAAAUCAGUCUGUCUGUCCGGUAGACAGUUCUGUGGGCAUACCUGCAGCUACCACUAAAGGAAUGCAUGGUUGUGUGUGGACAGUGUGAGCAAGUUGCAAGACAACAACGUAAAUGUACAGUUAAAUAAUCUACAGGUUAAAUGUGGUGCAAAUACCAGUAUGUUAUGCUUAUGCUUACUUAACAGAUACAAGUUAAAAAAUAAUACAAGUUGUGCAUCAUUACAUAUUAAUGUCUGUUGAACCUUGCAUUGCCUAUUGUUACUGCAGUUUAGUAUGACCUGUGAUUUUUCUUUUCCCUUUUAUUCUAUUUUUUAUUUAAAGUUGUGUCCACAGUUUUAUAAAUGUGCCAUAAGAAUCUCAAGCCUCAAACUCACUUGCAAGAUGACUUGUAGUAAUUAUUAUAAUAUAUAUUCAAACAUACAUAAAUACAUAUACAUUUAAAUUAUAUAUCUACAUUUACAUACACAUAUAAAUAUAAAUAUAUAUCUAUAUUUGCACUCUUGUGUGAACCGUAACAUGUUAAGUCACCAACGAGGAACCAAAAUUUUGCUGUCGCUGCUACCGCUACAACUCAUUUGUCUUUUGCAAUUGUGAGGUAAUUCACCCCCUCCCAGUCUGCCAGCUGCUUCUGCAGCUCGUCCGCCUCACCGCUUUGCUGUGUGACUGAGCAUUUAAAUAUGAACUGCCUGCUUAGUACGUCUCAAACACAAGGCAAACCUCGAAUGGAUUUCAGAUGUGGAGAACUUGAGGCGAGGGACAGAGUUUAUACUCUCGGACGUGGUGUGGUUUGGUUCUCGUGGCGUGACCUUUUGGCAACGUUGGAGUAGAAGAGCGUAAUGUGUUUGAUCUCUGUGGUCAGGUGUCUCACACUGGCCUUUGUUUCAGGUGUACAAAUGGAGGUUGCAGGAAUGUGGACUGUUAAAACAUGUAGAACUAUCUGCAAAUAAUGUGUGGAAUAAAAUAUUGUUUUGCAAUAAAAAGUAUAUUAAUGUUCGGAAA